UUUAUCUUAAAUAUAUUGUUCCAGGUGAACGGCUCGUGGGGUCUGCCAGCCUUCGUGUGCGACGUAUACAUCGCAAUGGACGUCACCUCAUCCACCUCCAGCAUAUUCAACCUGGUCGCCAUCUCAGUCGACAGGUACAUCGCAGUCACGCAGCCAAUCAAAUACGCGAAGCACAAGAACAACAGGAGAGUGUGGUUCACAAUAGUCCUCGUGUGGCUGAUAUCGGCUGCCAUCGGAGCACCCAUAGUCCUGGGGCUCAACGACACCCCUGACAGGAACUUCGACGAAUGCCUGUUCAACAGUCAGAACUACAUCAUCUAUUCAUCCAUGGGAUCUUUCUAUAUCCCUUGCAUCAUGAUGAUGUUCCUUUACUAUAAUAUAUUUAAGGCUUUAAGAAACAGAGCGAAAAAGCAGAGAGCAGCUAAAAAGCCGCCAGUCUCCGGUGACCCCAACACAGGAGCGACCACGGCAGUGGUAAUAGAAAACGUGGUACAAACAAGACGGCUGGCAGAGACAGCCCUUCAUGAUGACAGGCCUACCAACACUGGCUCUGGCAGCAAUGAAGAUGAUCACGAGGAUAGUUUUGACAAGAGAUCAGCGGACUUGGAGGCAGACGCUGACGAGUGCCAUGUGAUACCCAACGAUAAAUCCACCGAGUUCAUGCUGGCCACUGUCGCUGAAGAAAACGCUAACACACCAAAAAAACACAUGAAAUCCCAACCAAUUCCCGAUCCAAAUGGCAACAAUGAUUCUGGAUACGCCCCUUCCAAUUUGGAAGACAUGAUCAGAGAGCAUGUCUCCCCACCAGGAUCGCCUGGAAUCAAGGAUGCUACUGUAUUAAAAAACAUGGGCUGUGACAAAUGGAAGAAGAAUGGAAAGACGGAGAAACUAAGCGAAACCUCAAGAAACGUCUCCUUAGCUCUUCGUUCAGAAGAUGAUCACGAAGCGAGUACGUUUGAUCUACGAGACGGAUCGUCGACCAAAAAGGAGAGAAAAGCAAGCGCCGCCACGGCCAGGUUCACGAUAUACAAAGCAAACAAAGCGAGUAAAAAGAAACGCGAAAAAUCCUCAGCGAAGAAAGAAAGGAAAGCCACUAAAACUUUGGCGAUCGUUUUAGGUGUUUUUCUCUUCUGCUGGGCGCCGUUCUUCACGUGCUCCGUCCUGGGCGCCUUCUGCGACAAGUUCAACCUGCCCUUCUCUCCGGGGGUGACGGUGUUCAUCCUCACCACGUGGCUGGGCUACAUCAACUCUUUCCUCAACCCUGUCAUCUACACCAUUUUCAACCCUGAGUUCAGGAAGGCGUUCAGGAAGAUACUCCAUUGCGGCACCUAGCCCGUGGACUAUUUGGUCGUCUUCACGCAGUAGAUCUCAUGAUGAAUAUAUUUUAUUUUCUUUCAUUUGAUGAGUUGUUUUGUGAUAUUUUAAAAAUCGAUUUAAAUUCGUUUAAAAAUUACGUAUUUCCAAUAACUGAAGACAAAUUAUUAAGAAAUUUUAAUAAUUUUUCAUGUAGUUGGUAAUUUGCG